AUGGUGUCUUUUGGCGUCGUCUCACUCUUCACGUCCAUACCACAGGCCCUUGCGGUCGAAACGCUCAGUGACCUGCUACGUCAAGAUUACGACGGGGGCGAUGACCAGCCCACUGCUCAGCAUCUCAUUGAACUCAUGCGGCUCUGCCUCAGGACAUUCUUUACCAUCGAAGGGACCACAUACGAGCAGAUCAAGGGCACUUCAAUGGGUUCACCAAUCUCCGGACUCAUUGCCGAGGCGGUUCUACAAAAACUCGAGAGACGACUAUUCGAGGAGUACAAACCCAAGGUUUGGGCACGCUACGUUAAUGACACCUUCGUAAUCAUAGACCAGGAUAAAAUCAACUACUAUGCGAAUGUACUGAACUCAAUCAUGCCCGAUCUACAGUUCACGAUGGAGGAGGAAGUGGAGGACAAACUUCCGUUCUUAGAUGUUUUCGUCUGCCGCCAAUCAAAUGGCGACCUAGCGGCGUCGGUCUACAGAAAACCGACGAACACGCAGCAAAUUCUCAGCUACAACAGCAACAACCCACCACAAUACAAAGGAAGCUUUGUCCGAACGCUGUACCGACGGGUAAAAACUCAUUGCAGCACGCCAGCCGCCAAACUGGAUGAGAUAAAGCUCCUCCGAGAACUUUUCAGAGCCAAUGGCUAUCCGCGGGCAUUCAUUGAACAAGGCCGGAGGCAGUCAAAGAAACGGAACGAAGAGUAUAGUCAGCCAAACUCGUGGCGGAGCAUUACGUACAUUAAAGGGGUCUGCGAAGUCGUGGCUCGAUCACUCGCGCCACUCGGAAUAGGUGUUGCCUACAGGCAUGACUCAACAAUCCGCCGGCAAGGGAUGCGGCCGAAAGAUCCGAUCACUAAGCAGGAGAUGUCGGCCAUUGUCUACCGACUUUAA